CUACUGGGCGUUUCCCCCCUUCCCUCUUUCUCGACAUAGGAAGUCUCAGACUCUCACUCUCCUCCAGAGGAGUCGUCCCUGCUUCAGUAGCAGAGCUCAUAGAGGAACUGAAGUUCUCCUUCUGCGCCGAAGCUUCUCGACCUGAGAGGGAGGCGAUGGAGGAUGGCGUGGGCGACCUGUUCGACCACAUCGAGGAUUUGCUCGACUUCCCCGCCGACGACGAAGUGGUCGGGAUGGUGGAACCCUGCGGCGAUUGGAGCGGCCCGCUUAUGAUCCCUCCGCUUCCGGAGUCCCUCGCAAACGAGCUUUUAGGCGGCCACGGCGGCGGCAAGGAUUCGCUUGAAGGUUUCAUUGACCAAAACCAGAAGUCUGUGGACGAAAAAAAUAGCACGGAGGAAGACGAGCAGAGCCCAUGCGACGAGCUUGACAUUGUACAACUGGAAUGGAUGUCCAAAUUCCUCGAAGACUCUGACUCCUUCUCGCUCGGCCUCCCGAGCGGCAGCGAUGCCAUCGACAAAAGCACCGUCGACAGCGGGGACAGCCACGGACCCAAAGCCGAUGAGCUAUGUUUCUUUCGUACCUCGAGUCCUGUCUCUGUGCUCGAGGCGAUCAGUAACGCCGCCGGCGGUGAAGGCAGCAGCAACUCCUCGUCAUCUUUCUCUUCCUCGACCUCGGAAUCGUAUUUUAUCAAAAGUACUAAGGAAGCGAGAGCGCCACCACUUUCACCGAGGCCACCGGAGCAGCCCGCUGCUCCAUUCGUCCCCGCCCGCGCGCGCAGCAAACGGGCUCGUCCUACCGCCUUCUCGCCUCGCCCCCACGUCAUCCCCUGCAUUCUGGUUCCUGUCCCUGGUCAGGUUUCUCCCUGCGCUGCUACUUCAGAUCCAGAGAGUUUCGGCGAGUCGUUCCCCGCUCCACCACCUAUGAAAAAGAAGCAAAAGAAGAAGAUCCCGGCCUCCAACAGCGACAGGACGGACUCCUCGCCGCCGGUGCGAAAAUGCACGCACUGCGAAAUCCAGAAGACACCGCAGUGGCGGGCCGGGCCGUUGGGGCCUAAGACGCUAUGCAACGCCUGCGGCGUCCGGUACAAGUCCGGGCGUCUCUUCCCAGAGUACCGCCCCGCCGCCAGCCCCACCUUCGUCCCCUCCAUCCACUCCAACUCGCAUAAGAAGGUGAUCGAGAUGCGCAUUACGGCCACCCAUAAAGCUGCCAGCGCCGGCACCACCGUCCGCUCCUCCGACAGCUGCGAUCUCCUUGCGUACAUUCGCCGGAGGGAGUGAACCAUGCAGCAAUUCCCAUGAUGGUGAUGAUCAACAAGCAUCGUUAGCUGCAGAACUUAGCAUGGACAAUUUCUUCUUGUUUUAUGCCAGAAACUUUCCAGCUUCUGAUUUCAUUUUUUUUCAUAAUUAUUUUUCUUGUAUUCCCCUCAAAAUUUUGUACAGAUGAGGCAGUGAGUGCUCACAAUUAGUUAGUGGCUAGGAGGAGAAUGCAACCGAGCAAAAGAUCAUAUAUUAGUUUCUUAGUGUUUAGCUAGGAGCAAGGAAUGAAAGGAGGGGAAAGGAAUUCUUGUAGCUGGAUAACUGUAGCUUGUUGUAUUGAAUUCUUUUUGCAGUUAUGCGAUUGAUAAUUAUCUAAA